AUGCACGUGGAAGAUGGAGACAUCAUCUAUCACAUUUACAUGAAGCAGAUCAUUGCUAAAAUGGCUCUUCUGUCUCUCACGCUGAGUUGCAUGCCUUAUGCAUCCACAUGGAUAGUGCCCAGUGUCGACUCACUGGCGGUAGCAUAUUUUUUGACUUGCAUCUAUAGUUUCUUGUGGAUCAUUAGAAAUUCACUUAGGCAGUACUCUUUUGAGCUCGUGCGAGAAGAAAGCAGAUGCAGUGACAUUCCAGAUAUCAGAAAUGACUUUGCAUUCAUUCUUCAUCUGUUGGAUCAGUACAAUCCACUUCUCUCAAAGCGAUUUGCAGUCUUCCUUUCUGAAGGCAGUGAAAACAAAUUACAACAGAUGACCCUAAAUAAUAUUUGGACCCUGGAGAAAUUAGUACAGAAAGUGGUGAGGAAUAAUCAAGACCAGGGGGAGCUUCACCUCAUGCUACUCAGUGGGAUUCCAGAAGCCGUUUUUGAAAUGACGGAAAUGGAAGUCCUAAAACUACAGUUUAUCCCAGAUCCCCGGCUCCCACAGAAACUAACAUAGCUUUUUAACCUCAAAGAGCUUUAGCUGGACCAUUCUCCAGCAACAGUGGACCACAUGGCCUUGGAGUUUCUUGCUGAAAACCUAAAGAUUUUGAGGAUGAAAUUUAUAGAUGCAGUCAAAGCUCCGAGAUGGCUUUUUAGUCUACCGAAUUUAAGUGAGCUGUACUUGUAUGGAAACAUUUUGUCUGAGGAGAACCAGGCAUUAAUCAGUGACUUUCCUAAACUCAAGAAAUUGAGGGUUCUGCCCAUCAAAUGUAGUAUCAGUUCCAUACCCAAAGUAAUCAUAAAUUCACUGCCCUCCUUACAGAAGUUUGUUUUGGACAAUGAAGGAACUCAGCUCAGUGCAAUACGGAGUUUGAAAGCAACGACAAACUUGACCUGCUUGGAGCUUCUGAACUGUGGCCUACAAAGAAUUCCAUGCUCAAUCUAUAACCUAACAAACCUACAGGAAAUUGACCUUACAGGGAAUAGUCUCAAAACAAUUGAUGAAAUCACCAGUUUCCAGCACCUUCACAGGCUUUUUAUCCUAAAGUUCAAAUACAACACCAUCACAAACAUUCCCAUUCUCAAAGGUGGUUUAGAAACCCUGGAGCAACUUUACCUUCGCCAUAACUUCAUUAGAAGAUUACCUACACAGCUUUUCUUGUGCAAGUACCUGUAUCAUUUGGAUGUGAGUCACAAUAAGUUAUUUGCCAUUCCUAAUGGAAUACAAGAUCUGAAGAGACUACAGCUCUUAAAUCUCUGCUUCAACAAUGUAAUAUAUUAA